GGUCUCGUGACGCGCGCCCUGCGCGGACGCCAAGAUGGCGGACGAGGAGGGCGAAGCGCGGCCGGGGGCGCGGAACGGAGCCGGGGAGGGACCCCCGGGCGGGCCCCGCGUCGUCCGCAUCGUCAAGUCCGAGUCCGGUUACGGCUUUAACGUCCGCGGGCAAGUGAGCGAAGGCGGGCAGCUGCGCAGCAUCAACGGCGAGCUGUACGCGCCGCUGCAGCACGUCAGCGCCGUGCUGGGCGGAGGGGCCGCCGACCGCGCCGGGGUGCGCAAGGGGGAUCGCAUCCUGGAGGUGAACGGGGUGAACGUGGAAGGAGCCACGCACAAGCAGGUGGUGGAUCUGAUCCGUGCCGGCGAGAAGGAGCUGGUGCUGACGGUGCUGUCGGUGCCGCCGCACGAGGCCGAGAGCCUGGAGCCGCCCGAGGAGCCGCUGGGGCCGCCCUUCUACGACUACAGCGAGAAACAGGCGGUGCCCAUCUCCAUCCCCACCUACAAACACGUGGAGCAGAGCGGGGAGAAGUUCGUGGUGUACAACGUUUACAUGGCCGGGAGGCAGCUGUGCUCCAAGCGCUACCGGGAAUUCGCCAUCCUGCACCAGAACCUGAAGCGGGAAUUCGCCAACUUCACCUUCCCGCGCCUGCCCGGCAAGUGGCCGUUCUCCCUGUCCGAGCAGCAGCUGGACGCCCGCAGGAGGGGCCUGGAGGAGUACCUGGAGAAGGUGUGCUCCAUCCGGGUCAUCGGCGAGAGCGACAUCAUGCAGGAGUUCCUGUCGGAGUCGGACGAGAAUUACAACGGCGUCUCCGACGUGGAGCUGCGGGUGGCGCUCCCGGACGUCACCACGGUGACGGUGAGGGUGAAGAAGAACAGCACCACGGACCAGGUGUACCAGGCGGUGGCUGCCAAGGUGGGCAUGGACAGCGUCACCGCCAACUACUUCGCCCUCUUCGAGGUCAUCAACCACUCCUUCGUGCGGAAGUUGGCUCCCAACGAGUUCCCCCACAAGCUCUACGUGCAGAAUUACACCUCGGCCGUGCCGGGGACGUGCCUGACCCUGCGCAAGUGGCUCUUCACCACCGAGGAGGAGGCGCUGCUCAACGACAACGACCUGGCCGUGGCCUACUUCUUCCACCAGGCCGUUGAUGACGUCAAGAAAGGCUACAUCAAAGCCGAGGAGAAAUCCUACCAGCUCCAGAAGCUCUGCGAGCAGAGGAAGAUGGUCAUGUACCUGAACAUGCUGCGGACGUGCGAGGGCUACAACGAGAUCACCUUCCCGCACUGCUCGUGCGACUCGCGGCGCAAGGGCCACGUCAUCUCUGCCAUCAGCAUCCGCCACUUCAAACUGCACGCCUGCACCGAGGAGGGGCAGCUCGAGAACCAGGUGAUCGCCUUCGAGUGGGAGGAGAUGCAGCGCUGGGACACGGACGAGGAGGGCAUGGCCUUCUGCUUCGAGUACGCGCGCGCCGAGAAGAAACCGCGCUGGGUCAAGAUCUUCACCCCCUACUUCAAUUACAUGCACGAGUGCUUCGAGCGAGUCUUCUGCGAGCUCAAGUGGAGGAAGGAGAACCUUUUCCAGCUGGUCAGGUCACAGCAAAGGGACGCGGCCACUUAACCCCGGCAGCUUUUCCAAAAAAAUCCCCAAAAAAAAUCCCUUAUUGUAUUAAAGCCCCACCCCAAACUAAAUCUCAUUAAUCCCAAAUCCAUUCGUGCCCAUCAUCUCUAUGGAAUUCCAGAGGGAAAAAAAAACCAAACAAAAAAAAAACUGGGAAAAGCCACUUGAGGGGGCUCCUUUUUCCCCACUCAGAUCCAGCUCCAGGCUGGGAAUUUUGGGAUUUUUUUUUUUUUUCUUUUUAAUUUUUACAACUGGAAUUGAAAAAUUGUUGUUUCUGCUGGGUCAGAUGUGGAAAAAUAAGGGGAGGAAAAAGCAGGAAAAAGCCCUGGGAAUGUUCCAUUCCUGCCUGGGCAUCUGUGGGAAUAAUUCCUUUAAAAUCCCACGGGGUGGCAGCAGCUUUUAAAGGGAUUUUCCGCCUGUUUCUCCUCCCAGUCUGUUAAAAAAACCCAGGAAAAACAUCCAAAAGGAGUAAAAUUCCAAGGAAAUGCCUCUCCUGGCACGAGGAUCCCGCUUGUGGAUUUGUAUUCCCGCUUUUUUGGGGUGUUUUCCCAGGGAUUUGGGUGUGCCUGGCUCCUUGGGAUGGGAUCUGGGAGAUUCCAGGAUCCCGAGGCUGCCCCUGGAUGGGGAUGAGCAGCUCCCAGGAGGAAAAAUAACCUGGAAAAGCCAAUUUUCCCUAAUUUUCAGUGGGAUUUUUCCCUGGAUCCAGUGGCUGGGCGGCUCCCAGGAGGAAAAAUAACCCAGAAAAAGCCAAUUUUCCCUAUUUUUGAGCACUUUUGAUCCAUGACUUGGGUGUCCAAGCAGGAAAAAUAACCUGGAAAAAACCAUUUUCCCUCGUUUUGAGCAGGAUUUUUCCAGAGUUCUGGAGGAAAAUAAGGUGGAAAAUUAAUUUUCCCUGGUUUUGAACGGGAUUUUCCCACGGAUCCAGUGGCUGGGAUGUUCCCAGGAGGGAAAAAUCAGCAGGAAAAUCCUUUUUUCCCCUGGUUUGGAGCAGGAAUUUUCCAUGUCUUGGGUGGAUGAGCAGCUCCCAGAGGGAAAAACCCUCUGGAAAAGAAAUUUUCCCUAAUUUGCAGUGGGUCUUUCCCAUGUUUUGGGAGGAAAAAUAUCAUGGAAAAGCUGUUUUUCUUUGGUUUUGAGCACGAUUUUUCCGUGGAUCCAGCAGCUGAGCAAUUCCCAGAAGGAAAAAUCGUGGGAAAUCCGUUUUUCCCUGGUUUUGGGCGGGAUUUUUCCAUGGAUCUGCCAGCUGAGCAAUUCCCAGAAGCAAAAAUUAUGGAAAAGCCCUUUUCCCCUGGUUUUGAGUGGGAUUUUUCCAUGUUUUGGGAGAUAAAAAUCGCCUGGAAAAUCCGUUUUUCCCUGGUUUUGGGCUGGCCUGGAGCCGGUCCCGCCGGGGUUUGGGGUGGAUUUGGGAAUCCUGGCCUCAUUCCCCACCUCUGGAAUGCUCCAAAAUGGGAUUUUCCCCAAAAUUCCCUUUUUUGGAAGGGUUUUUCCCCACUCCUCCCCCUGGAGCCGGGAUGGGGGAAGAUGAUUUUUUUUUUUUUGGGGUGGGGGAAAAUCCCAAAUCCUCGGCUCUGGAGCAGCUGGGAAUUAAUUCCAUUAAUUGGAUCCCUGUAAUUAAUUGGAUUUCCGUUGUCCUCGGGAGCCCUGAGCUGUGGAAAACCCCGGAAUGGGGGAGGGAAACUGGGAGAAGUUUGGGAAUUCCCAAAAUCCCCCCUCUAAAAUCUCCUUCAGCACCCCCCAAUUUGGGUAAAAUCCCAAGAAAAACCCAAUUUUUGAUCCAAAUUUUCCCUCUAGCCCCAAAUUCCGACGGAACCAUCUCCCUGUGGAUUUUUUAAUCCAGAAAAAAAACCCAGAAAAGGAGAAAUUGGUCAAAAAAAAAAAAAAAAAUACAAAACCAAAACUCUGCCCCCGCUUUGUCCCAUUUUCCCUCUUCCAGCUGCUCCCAUUCCUCGGGUUCCCCUUUAGUGUAAUUAAUUGUAACAUAUUCUUUUAAAUAAAUUGAUUUAUUGAGGAAA